AGCAGCAGCAUCCGCCCUUCUCCUCCAGCCCUGUGCAGCCAGCCUACUAGCUGUAAUCCCGAGCCCCCUCCCACCCCGGGAGGAUGGGCUGCAAGAGGCAGGAGGGCAGCCCCCAGCCUUCCUAGAGCCGGGCAAACAAAGGCGGCGGCAGCAGCCGCCGGGCUGGGCUGGAUGCAAGCAACCAUGAAAGGCUGGGUCUCCGCCUCCGCCGCCGCCGGAGAGCUGCGGGCUGCUGCCGAGGAGCCGCGGACGGCACUGUGAAGGGAGGAGGCGUGAUUGGCGUUGCCUUGCCGAGGUAGAAGGUGUAAGGGGAAAAGGCAGAAAUAAAAAUGUCGUCUUCGGUGGGGCCCCGCGGCCCUCGCCCACCCACGGUGCCUCCCCCGAUGCAGGAGCUGCCCGACCUGAGCCACCUGACAGAGGAGGAGCGGAACAUCAUUAUGGCCGUGAUGGACCGGCAGAAAGAAGAGGAAGAGAAGGAAGAGGCCAUGCUCAAGAGGUUGCAUCAGCAAUUUGAAAGUUAUAAAGAGCAAGUAAGAAAAAUAGGUGAAGAAGCCCGCCGCUACCAGGGAGAACACAAGGAUGAUGCACCAACAUGCGGAAUCUGUCUUAAAACAAAGUUUGCUGAUGGUUGUGGCCAUUUAUGCUCUUACUGCCGGACCAAGUUUUGUGCCCGAUGUGGAGGUCGUGUUUCUCUACGAUCAAACAAUGAGGACAAAGUGUACAGGAAUACUGUUCCUACCCAAAAUGGAUCACUUUCAGCAGUGCCUGUAAGAGUUAUGUGGGUAUGUAAUUUAUGUCGAAAGCAACAAGAAAUCCUAACAAAGUCUGGAGCAUGGUUUUUUGGAAGUGGUCCACAGCCGCCAAGCAGUCAGGAUGGAGCACUGAGUGAUACAGCUACUGGUGGAAGUUCUGAUGCACCUAGAGAAAAGAAAGCAAGGCUUCAGGAGCGUUCCAGAUCUCAGACUCCCUUAAGUACAGCAGCUGCCUCAUCACGGGAAAUCUCUUCUUCCAGCGUGCAGUCUGACAGGAGGAAAGGAGCAGAAUUAUUACAGCAAGCUAUGGGCCUGGAACAAAAGCAAGCUUCAUCAAGGUCUAGAAGUGAACCCCCGAGAGAGAGGAAGAAGACCGCAUUGAUUUCAGAACAAAAUGGAAAAGUAGGUCUAAAAAGUGAGCGUAAACGUGUGCCAAAGUCUUCACUUCAACAAGGACAAGCAGACGACAGGGAACGUAAAGAAAGGCAUGAAAGCAGAAGGCUGGAGAAAGGAAGGUCACAGGACUACCUAGGGGAAAAACCUGAGGAAGGCAAGGUAGCUGAUGAGGAAAAACAAAGGAAAGAAGAUGAGUAUCACACUCGGUAUAGGAGUGACCCAAAUCUGGCAAGGUAUCCUGUGAAGCCACAUCCUGAGGAACAACAGAUGCGUAUGCAUGCAAAAGUUUCUAAAGCAAGGCAUGAAAGAAGACACAGUGAUGUAGCUUUGGCACAUACAGAAGUGGAGGAAGCAGAGGUACCUGAGAAUAAAUUAGGAAAACGCUCACAGUUACAGGGAACUCAGGACAGAAAAUCUCUUAUGGAAACUCAGAGAUCAUACUCUAUAGAAAGACCAGGUGAUGUAAGAAUUUCUGUUUCUAAACAAUUAGCUAAUCAUAGUCCACCAACUCCCAGACAUAGUCCAGUUCCUACAGAACGCCUAGAAUCGAAGAACCAUGAUUCCUUUAAAAAACAAAGUCGCCUUGAUCCUAGUUCUGCUAUUCUCAUGCGAAAAGCAAAGCGGGAGAAAAUGGAGACCAUGCUAAGGAAUGAUUCCCUUAGUUCUGACCAGUCAGAAUCAGUGCGGCCAUCCCCUCCAAAGCCUCAUAGAUCAAAAAGAGGUGGAAAGAAAAGGCAGAUGUCGGUCAGUAGCUCAGAAGAAGAAGGGGCAUCAACACCAGAAUAUACUAGCUGUGAAGAUGUGGAAAUAGAAAGUGAAAGUGUCAGUGAAAAAGGUGACUUGGAUUAUUACUGGCUGGAUCCUGCCACGUGGCACAGUAGAGAGACAUCCCCUGUUAGUUCGCAUCCCGUAACGUGGCAGCCAUCUAAAGAGGGAGAUCGCUUAAUUGGACGUGUUAUUCUUAACAAGAGAACUACCAUGCCAAAAGAGUCAGGUGCAUUACUGGGGCUAAAAGUUGUUGGAGGAAAAAUGACAGAUUUAGGACGUCUUGGUGCCUUCAUUACCAAAGUAAAGAAGGGUAGUCUAGCUGAUGUGGUGGGACAUCUAAGAGCAGGGGAUGAAGUUCUAGAAUGGAAUGGUAAAUCCCUGCCUGGAGCUACAAAUGAAGAAGUUUACAACAUUAUUUUAGAAUCAAAAUCAGAACCUCAAGUUGAAAUUAUUGUUUCAAGGCCUAUUGGUGACAUUCCAAGGAUUCCUGAGAGUUCCCAUCCUCCACUAGAGUCUAGUUCAAGUUCUUUUGAAUCUCAGAAGAUGGAAAGGCCUUCUAUUUCUGUUAUUUCUCCAACUAGUCCUGGAGCUCUAAAAGAUGCACCACAAGUCCUACCUGGCCAGCUUUCUGUGAAACUGUGGUAUGACAAAGUAGGGCAUCAGUUAAUAGUAAAUGUUCUACAAGCAACAGAUCUGCCACCUAGAGGAGAUGGGCGUCCCAGGAAUCCUUAUGUAAAAAUGUAUUUUCUUCCAGAUAGAAGUGAUAAAAGUAAAAGGAGGACCAAAACAGUAAAGAAAAGCCUAGAACCAAAAUGGAACCAAACUUUUCUCUAUUCACAUGUACAUCGUAGAGAUUUUAGAGAACGAAUGUUAGAAAUAACCGUAUGGGACCAGCCAAGAGUACAAGAAGAAGAGAGUGAAUUUCUUGGAGAGAUCCUUAUAGAGCUGGAGACAGCACUUUUAGAUGAUGAACCACAUUGGUAUAAACUGCAGACACAUGAUGAAUCCUCACUACCUCUGCCUCAGCCAUCACCUUUCAUGCCAAGGAGACAUGUCCAUGGUGGAGAAAUCACUAGCAAAAAAUUACAAAGAUCUCAGCGAAUCAGUGAUAGUGACAUCUCAGAUUAUGAUGUUGAUGAUGGUAUUGGAGUAGUUCCUCCAGUAGGUUAUAGAUCUAAUACUAGAGAAAGUAGAUCUACAACGUUAACUGUGCCAGAACAGCAAAGAACAACACAUCAUCGUUCACGAUCUGUAUCUCCUCACCGUGGUGAUGAUCAGGGCAGGACCCGUUCACGUUUACCAAAUGUGCCAUUACAGAGGAGUUUAGAUGAAAUUCAUCAAAUGAGAAGAUCACGUUCUCCAACUAGACACCAUGAUGCCUCACGAAGUCCAGUUGAUCGCAGGUCCAGAGACAUGGAUAGUCAGUAUUUGUCAGAUCAUGAAAGUGAGCUUCUUAUGCUGCCCAGAGCAAAACGAGGAAGAAGUGCAGAGUGCCUACAUACCACCAGAAAUUCUGUUAGGCACUAUAAAACGUUACCACCCAAGAUGCCUUUACUAGAGAAUGGUACUCACUGGAAUAUUUACAGUGAACUACAGCCCUCUCUUGACAGGGCUAGGAGUGCUAGUACCAACUGCUUGAGACCAGAUACUAGUUUGCAUUCACCAGAACGAGAAAGGAGUAGAUGGUCCCCCUCCCUAGAGAGGAGACGACCUACUAGUCCCAGGAUUCAUAUCCAGCAUGCAUCUCCGGAGGAUGACAGAACAAGGACGCUGGAGUCUUGCAUUCCAAAACAAGACAGUAUAAACCACCUAAGUGCUAAACCUGGAGCAACACAGAGGCAGUCCAGAAAAGUGGAAAGAUAUAACAGCCAAAAACAGACUAGGAAAGACUCCACAUCUGAAACAGAAAGGGUUCUGCUACCAUGUCUUUCUAGAAGGGGACUUCCAACCCCAAGAACAACUGAGCAGCCUGUCAUUAGGGGAAAACAUCACACUCGCUCAAGGUCGAGUGAGCAUUCUAGUAUCAGACCUUUAUGCUCUGUACAUCAUCUAGUUCCAGGAGGGUCGGCGCCACCUUCUCCACUUCUGACAAGAAUACACCAACAAGGAAGUCCAACUCAGUCACCUCCUGCAGACACAUCAUUCAGCAGUCGUAGGGGAAGACAGCUUCCGCAAGUUCCAGUAAGAAGCAGCAGUGUAGAGCAAGAACAAGAGAAUUAUAACUCUUCCUCAAAAGCAAGCUUAGUAGUGGAGGAGGAAACGCGACAGAUGAAAAUGAAAGUGCAUCGUUAUAAUCAGACAACAGGGUCUGGUUCUAGCCAAGAAUAUGAGCGUGAGCAAUAUACUAAGUAUAACAUACAAACAGAUCAGUACAGAAGUUGUGAUAACGUCUCUGCCAAAUCAUCAGAUAGUGAUGUCAGUGAUGUGUCAGCCAUUUCCCGUACCAGCAGUGCCUCACGCCUCAGCAGCACAAGCUUUAUGUCAGAGCAAUCUGAGCGCCCUAGGAGCAGAAUCAGGUCAAAGUCCUUAGAGAUCUGCAAAAAUGAUGGCAAAAAAGAAAGAAGGAUAUCAUGGGAAUUAGAUGACCAAAUGGGUCUCAACGAAAAGAAAUUGGAUAUGGAAGACAAGAAAAAGAGAAGGCAUUCUGUUGCUGAUUUGAGCACGUUUACCCCACAAAUGCAAGGCAGACGGAUGGGGACUUCAGGGAGAACCAUCACAAAAAGCACAAGUGUGAGUGGAGAGAUGUACAAACUGGAACAUAAUGAUGGGAGUCAAUCAGACACUGCUGUUGGGACAGUUGGAACAGGUGGGAAGAAAAGACGAUCCAGCCUCAGUGCCAAAGUGGUUGCCAUAGUAUCUCGAAGGAGCAGAAGCACAUCCCAACUUAGUCAAACAGAGGCUGGCAACAAGAAGCUAAAAAGCACGAUUCAGAGAAGCACAGAAACAGGGAUGGCAGCAGAAAUGAGGAAUCGUAUGGUUCGGCAGCCAAGUCGGGAGUCCACUGAUGGCAGCAUAAACAGUUACAGCUCUGAGGGGAACCUAAUAUUCCCUGGAGUGCGGCUGGGAGCUGACAGUCAAUUUAGUGAUUUCCUUGAUGGACUUGGACCUGCACAGUUAGUAGGUCGACAGACACUAGCAACCCCUGCUAUGGGUGAUAUUCAGAUUGGAAUGGUGGAUAAAAAAGGCCAGUUAGAAGUAGAAGUCAUUAGAGCCCGAGGCCUCACGCAAAAACCUGGGUCCAAAUCUACCCCAGCUCCCUAUGUCAAAGUAUACCUGUUGGAAAAUGGAGCCUGUGUAGCCAAGAAAAAGACAAGAAUUGCACGGAAAACACUUGAUCCUUUGUACCAACAGACACUGGUUUUUGAUGAAAGUCCACAGGGUAAAGUCCUUCAGGUGAUAGUUUGGGGAGACUAUGGCCGAAUGGAUCACAAAUGCUUCAUGGGUGUUGCACAGAUCCUUCUGGAGGAACUUGAUCUGUCCAGUGUAGUAAUAGGAUGGUAUAAAUUAUUUCCACCCUCAUCACUAGUGGAUCCAACCUUGACUCCCCUGACCCGCAGGGCUUCCCAGUCAUCUCUGGAAAGUUCAACUGGGCCUCCCUGCAUUAGAUCAUAGUGAACUUAUAGCAGAUGCUGUCUAAUAAAAAUGUUACCACCCAGGAUAACAAUCUGAACCAGAUUCUUAUAUGAUCAAAAGCAUUGUUGGAGAGAGACAAUCACUUCUGUUUUUGCUUGUAGUAGUUAUCCAAAAAUAUGUCUGAAUUAUUUGUUAAAAGAUGGCUUAAAUUAACAGAACAAAAUAGUAUAUCAAAUACAGUAAGUCAGUCUACUAGCGACAGUCACUGAUGCUUAUUACAAUUUUUAAAAAGAGCGGGACCUUUAGAUUAGAAUAAAAUGAAAAAUAAAAUACAAAACUGGAAGCUCUCACUCUGUUAAGUGUUGUAUUUUUUCACAUUUUGACAGAGCCCACAAGCAGUGUUAACUUCCUGGUGUUUCAGCAGUUUUUCUGUACUUGUUACUUCCACUAGUUUUUUGCUGUGUGAUUCUGCCAGUUUUGUAAAAGUCCUCACAAUGCUAACAAAGACCCUUCCUUUCGUUUUCUAAACUAAACAAAAAAGGGCUGAAGUAUAUCUCUGUAAGUAUCCCUUCAAGUGUUCAGCAGCCAGAAUUACCAUACAUGAUGCCACUAAGGUUCUCAUUGUUUCUUAGUUCUGGUUCUUCCAAGUCUAUCAGGUGACAACCCAGAACAAAUGACCAAUCAAGAUUAUUUCAUUAACAACAACAACUAAAUCACAGUGCUAGUUUUUCUUUGUAAAAAGCAAAUAUGUUUGCAUUAUAUAUAAUGUUUUUUAUGUUUUAUGAUGUUUUGCAUGGAAGAGUUUUGAAGAAAUCUAUCUGCAGCUAAUGCUGGGGACUGAUAAAAGCAGCUUUAGUCUUAAUUUUGACACUGAAAAUAUUACUGGCAAUGCAGUUUUCUUCCUAGACUCAGAGAGGAAAUAUUUACGUUCAUGUGUAUAAAUGUAUAUUUGACUUCCCAAAAUGUUGACCAGGAAUGGGGUUAAGCAUAUGACACUUUCAGCUGUACCCAGGCUUCUCUGAUAUGUGUCACUUUAGACACACAUGUCUGCCCUGGAUAGAGCAUGGUAUGAGUUGUUCAGUAUUUCACUGGAAAUUCCAGUUGAAAUAUUCUGCACUUACUAAUGUUUUUAUCAAAUUUUAGUUUACAUUUCUUUGAGAUUGAUGCAAGCACAAAGCUUGAUUUUUUAACGCAAGAUACCUUACCUUACUUUUUUGGUAAAAAAAAAAAUCAAAUUUCAAUCUGCAUUUUAUUCAUUUGAGUUAUUCUUGGCCUUGAAAUUCCAUGUGAUUUACUGUAAAUGUGCUAAAAACUGCAGACUCUGCUGGUUCAAUGAUAUGUUUUCCCUCCUUUUACAGGCCAUUCAAUUUUGUGAUCACACAAAUAGGGCAGCAUGACUUGGAACUGUUCAAAGCUGCAUGCACGUUUUGUAAAAAGAAGCAAAAAGGUUAUUUAAUAAUGUAUGUUAGUUCCACAUAGGCCAGCUUGUAUGUUGCAUGUACUUGUACAGUUUGCUCGUAAUUACUAUACUGAAGUAACCAAGAAAUCUAAGCCAUCCAUUUUUCUUAUAGACAUUUUGCAGGUUUUAGCCAGGCAAGGUCUGUUAGUCUGGUGCUAAAUGUCUAUAGAUGGACUUUAUUUUUUACCCUAUGGAAAACGUGAUGUAGUAUGGACCAAAUUCCUUCUAAUAAAUAUUUUGGUGUAGAUUCCUACUGUGGGACUGUAACACAUGUAGAAACUCUGUGCACACUAGGUUUUAAAUCAUAGACAUACUGCCUGCACCAAGUGAACUAUUUAUUAUUAUUUAACAUGCCAGAACUAUUCUACCCAUGGUUCCAUAGGGCACAGAUUGAUUACUGCUCGACCUGCUGAGCAGGAAGAACUGAAGCACUGGUGCACUACUACUAGAUUCUGUUCUGUCUUAGUGACCAAAAAUCAACUAAUUAUAAUUCGGUAGUAUCUUUCUAUUUUGACCACUUGUCUUAACACUCCCCUGUGCUUUUAAAUGAACUCCCAACUCAUGUUAUGUAAACAUGUUUAAUAAAAUUUCCUUUUCAUGUCCAGA